CUUGUAGAAGAAGAAGAACCCGGAAGUGAUUGCCCUGUAGAAGCGGUGGUUGUGUAGCCUACUCUUCACUGUCGAAACACGUGUGUAUCUGUCAAAGAAGCUUUUACCUGCAUGACACUGACCUGCGCGCAGUGAUGGCUGAUGCGUUCAGUAGCAGCUCGGAAACCGUAAUUCAGCGCGUUGUAAACGUUAAAAGCAAAACAAACACACCUGUGGACAGCCUUGAAGAGACGUAUCAGAUAAAGGAGACUUGUGACUUCAUCAGAGAUCGUCAGUGUAAAAAGGUUGCUCUGCAGUUUCCAGAUGAGCUGCUAGGGGAUUCAGUUGCCGUGGCGGUAGAGAUCGAGAGGAACAGUGAAGCCACCGCAUACAUUUUAGGAGAUACAUCCUAUGGCAGUUGUUGUGUGGACGAGGUCGCUGCGGAGCACGUCGGAGCCGACUGCAUCGUGCACUAUGGCAGCUCGUGCCUCAGCCCGUCCACCAGGCUGCCGCUGAUGUACGUGUUUGAGAGGAGAGCGGUGGAUCUGGAGAAGUGCUCGUCCUCCUUUAGAGAACUUUACCCCAACACACAGAGUCUCGUCAUCAUCCUCUACGACGUCAACUACGUUCAUGCUAUGAACGAUCUCUUCACCCUCCUCUCACAGGAUUAUCCGAACCUGGUGGUCUCGGAGCUCGUAGUGGAGGGGGAGCAGUGUUACAUGGAUGACAUCAUCAGCAUGUCGGAGAGGGGCGGCGGUCAGGUCGUCUGUCAGUUUGGGCGGCGGUUCUCCUUGAAGAGUGCUUCAAACAUUAAGGAUUAUGAAAUGUUCUAUGUGGGGCGGGAGGGGACCACUCUCACUAACUUCAUGAUGACUUGGAACCGCUGCUCGUUCUCUUCCUUUGACCCGCUAACGAUGACGGGGAGGGCGGAGUCAGUGAGUAUAAACCGAGCUCUGAUGAAGAGAUACUACGCCAUAGAACGAGCUAAAGAUGCUAACGUGGUCGGCAUCCUGGUGGGCACGCUCGGCGUAGCAGACUACCUGAGCAUCAUCGAGCAGCUGAAGGAGACGAUCCGCCGAGCCGGAAAGAAGAGCUACAUGUUCGCCAUGGGGAAACUCAACGUGCCCAAGCUGGCUAACUUUCUGGAAAUUGACAUAUUCGUGUUGGUGGCUUGUCCCGAGAACGCUCUGCUGGACUCCAGUGAGUUUUAUAAACCCGUGGUGACGCCGUUUGAGAUGGAGGUGGCCUGCAACAAGAAGCGGGAGUGGUCAGAGGAGUAUGUCACAGACUUCAGACACCUCCUGCCAGGUGGGCGGAGUCAUGUUCCUUUAGCGGAGCAGCAGGAGGACGAGGAGGAGGAGCCGGACGUCUCUUUGAUCACAUUAAGUCUGCGCAGCCACAACCUGCUGCUCAGCGAGCCUGCGGAGCGGUCGUGCGGCUCCUCCGUCGUCCUCAGGAACCAAACUCUGACCGUGGCCAACUCAGCCGGUACGACCCGCUCCAAGAGAGAGCUGCUGAUUGGACAGUUUGAUUUGUUCUCCGUGCACAUGAAUACGUUUUUAUUGAAGAACAUCACACACAUACAGUCACUGUUCAAUAAUAUUUAUAAAUAUCUUGUAUGCCUCCUCCUCUCAGCGUCCUUCCUGGCAGAGCGGAGCUGGCGCGGUUUGGAGCAGAAGUUGGACGAGACGCCGGUGGUGAAGGCGGUGAAGGGGCGGAGAGGCAUCGCUAUCGCCUACGAAGAGGAGGGAACGUCUUUGUCGUGAUUAAAAACACUCAAACCAGACGGAUUAUUUAUCAGAGCCUGUCCGCUUUAUCACACAUGAAAUUAUUAAAUGUCUUAAUUAUAAUCGUGUUUCAGUCGAGCGUUUCUGAAAGGUGCUAAAGGUCACCUGUGAUUUCAUCCGAGUAUUAAAACGUGUCUGAAGACAAAGUGACCUUCAUAAAAAGGUGUUUAGUCUGACACUGAAAGGUUUCAUGUGAGUGGGGCUGAGGAUCGACUGAUCUGCAGAUCAUUUACUUAAUCUGUUUAUGAAAUAUCAGAAGUACGCCCCCUGUAGACCGCUUCUUCUUCAGACAAAAAGACUUCUUCUCUAAGCGCCAAAGAAAUGCAACGAACUGGAGCUGGAGCCUUCAAAUGUUUUAAAUAUUUAUUGGAAAUGGAUGGGAAAUAUUUACUGAUUAUUAAAAAGGUCUGCAGGAUUUUCUGAAGUUAAUAAUUUAAAGGUUGCAUAUUACGCUGAAUCCACUUCAUCAUGUUUCUCUAACUCUAACGUGUCUCUAGUCCGUCUACAAACCCCCCAAUGAAGAGUAAAGUCCAUCCGCUCCGUCUUCUGCCUGCUCCACUUUUCAGAAAAUAUGUGCUCAAACAGGCCGUUUGGAAAUGUUCUUUUUGUGACAUCACAAAGGGCAGUAGCCCCUCCCCCAGGUGGGUGAUGCUCCCACAGCUAGGUGUUUGUUCUGCCCUCUGAGUCUGCCUUCUCACCGUAAACAAUAGAACAUGGAAUGAGAAAGACUGAGUACACCCAGGGGGCGUGGUCAGACACAGCUAAUUUACAUAUUUAAAGGUACAGACACAGAAACAGCCUGUUCUGAGCAGGGCUGAAAUAGAGGGGUUUAUAGGCAUGAUCAAAUACAGGAUCAGAGUGGAUUUAGAACAAGAAACUUCACACACAUGUUUUGAAGAGCUCUGACACUUAUUUACACUGGUUGAAGAGGAUAUGUGACCUUUAGAGGUUUUUGGUUGGGGGUUCCUCUUCAGCUUUGGAUCUUUUCUGCUUUGAUGAAUUGAUUAAAACUACUAAACACUGGGAGGAACUUCUUCCACAAAGGCUGCAGGAAAGAUUCCAGUGUUCCCAUUACACUGACCCUCCAACCAAUCCUGGUUCACUGGAAAGAAGGAACAAAACAUGAAUUAGAAUCAUAUUUAUUAUGUUUUACUAAUCCAGGAUUUGAGCUGCUAAAACAAAAUAUUAUUGUACCUCGAGAGAGAAGUGUGAUUGUGUCUCCUUGAUGAAAGCUGAGAUCUUCUGGAUUCAAAGACUCGUACGAGUGAAGAGCCACAAAGUGAAUCUCUUUCUGAGGCGCUCCAUCAGUCUCCUGAAAAUAUGAAAAAAAAAAACAAAUAAAGAUUCUUUGCUCGAUUGCAUAACCACAGACUUCAA